ACAGUGUUGCUGCAAUCCCAAGUAAACAUGCUGUAACGGUUCUAUCUGUAUUAUCGUUCGUCUCUUCUUCAUCAUCAAACAGCUCUAGGGCCACUGCACAAAGAACUGCGGCCUUGCAUUUUCCACUGACAGCCAUUUUUGUUCUGUACCGAGGCAUUCCAUUCGGCUUGGCUUGGACAGCACAGUUGGUACAGUAACGGACAGCCGAAUGGAAUACACCCUAGAUUUAUGUAACAUCUUGCCAUUCAGCACCGGUUUCCCGUUUAGUCGGUGGUUCCCAUGUUUACACGGUGAUCCUUAGCUAUGUGCAUUUAACAUAUGUAAUAGUGAUUUAUACUUCCUAUUGUGACAUGUGGGUGAUCUAUAUAUACCUGGGCAUUUCCUGUGUUGGUGGCACGGUGUUUUCUUGCCCAUAUGUAAGUGGAGCUGAUAGUUUGUUUGUAUCAUUGGCUGUUUAGCUACUGUCAAGUUUGAGCAUGGACUAGUGAGUAUCAGUCUCAGAUAGAAUGGGUAAAUCUCUCCCAAGCCUUUCGCAAAUGCAGUAUUUAUAGCACAUCAAUAUAAUAAAUUGACAUCAACCCUGAAAUGAUUUCAUUUUCAAAAAUACACAAUAACUAAAAUGUUAUUCUCUAAAAAAAAUCCUGCAUAAUAAUUAUAGUUCAAAAAAAUAAAAAUAUUUUCAUGUACUUUUUUGUUUUUAAGAUCAAGAUACCUGUACCACAGUGGAGCUGGAGCUGCCACACUUUUCACCUUGGGAUCUCCAGCAUCUGAGAGAAAACAACAUCGAACUUGUGUGGAACAAGUUUAUUGGAGAAGCAGCUAGCCAUUAUUUUACCAGAACCUCCGAGGAUAAUUCAACUUACAGUAAAAUUGAGCAAAGCUUGUAUGCCAAGUAUCCUUGCAUAAAACAGGAGGCAGGGACAUUCCCAUGGGAGAUGAAGCGGUCAUCAAGGACCAGGCAUCCUGCCAAGAAGAAGGCCUGGUCAGGCCAGCCUUGGACGUUGGCAUCUCACCACACAUUGCCCAACCCGGAAACAGAGGCUGUAUCCAUUCAGGAAGAACAUGAUCAUCUCACACCUCUAACAACAAGAUCACAGGCCCCUCCAACCCAGUCUCAGGCACAGGUCACCCAGACAACACCCGCGAUGCCCGAAUUGGUGCAGAUGCCACCCAAUGGUGUUCAACCACAGCCCUCCGCAUCUAACAUUAUCUCCAGCGAUGACGAUUCGGACGAGGAUCCAAUGGAUGGAGCAGUGGAAGCCUACCUUAACAGCCUUCUGCCCCAGGGUAAUCUGCAACCCAUCAGCACCCCGAUAAUUUCCCAAAUUAAACCGUCCAUAGCCAACAAAAUCUGGCGAAAUAUAUACAUUGACUUUACCCUGUUACUCCCCUCUGCUCAAAAUUCUAACAAAUUCGCGAUACAGAUGGACAAAAACGCCCAGUUAUGCAUCAUUCCCACGCAUCAGGCCAAAAAAAUCCCAUCUAUUGAUCAGUGGACGACUGCAUUCUUCAGGUUUGCAGCUGUUUAUCUUAUCCGACGCACUGGAUGUUGA